AUGAACCACGCUAUCUUCAAACAUUUCAGCAUCAUUAAGCGGGUUGAAGGCAAAGCACAGCAGUACGAGUGUAAGUACUGCUUCAAUGUUUUCACCGGUGCAGCCAUUCGUUGCGCGCAGCACCUGAGCUCGUGGAAGGGAAUGAAGCAUCGCGAGGUGACGCUUUGCAAGGAGGCACCGCAAGACGUACGCAAGGAGGUGCGCACCAAAUACAAAAAGCUGGCUGCCGCGAACGAGGAAAAGCGCCGAGCAACAUCUGCUGCAGUUGCGGCGGUCCAUGCUGGUGGUGGGAAGCGGCGCAUAGCCGACUACCUGGAGGGAGAUGCUGCUGCGGCUAAGCGGGAUGCUCACGAGGGCCUUGCGCUGAUGUUUGCGGCCUGCAGAAUCCCGGAGAUCACCAUAAACCACCCGCUGUUCGACAACGCCAUGCUGCUCGUCAACCGCGCCGGCCCCGGCUACGUCCCCCCCAAGAGGAGCUUUAUUGGCGGGGCUGGACUAGUCGCUGUCCGCAAAGGGAUUGAGCAGGGGCUGAUGGGGAUUAAAACGAGCUGGAAGAAGACGGGGGUAACAAUUGCGUCCGACAUGAUGACAGACAAAUGUGGGAGGGCGCAAGCGAAUGUCCUUCUGAUUAAAGACUCUGGUGCCGUCUUCAAGGAGGCGAUCGACUGCGGUAAGGAGCGUAAGACGGGGGGAUACGUAGCGGGGAUUCUACAGCCGGUGGUGGAGGAGGAGCUGAUUGCCAAGUGGCCCCACAUUCAGCAGGUCCCUCGUGCCACGCAUGUGAUGGAUCUCCUCCAGGAGGACGUGGGAAUGAUGGGGUGGGCAAAAGGGGUGGUGGAUUGGACUGGGGAGAUGAUUUCGUUCGUGCGCAACCAUCAUUGGACGCGUGCUUACCUGAGGACCCCGGGUUGGUGGAGGGGAAGGUGCUGCAGCCGCUGA